GUCGUCUGAGAUGCGACCUCGUCAGUCUCGACGUCCCCCGAGGCACUGGGGUACUCCCCAUGCGAUCUGUCUAUUCCAGCCCCUUGUGCUCCAGUUCGUCCUGCCUCUCCUUCUCCUCUGUAGCCAUUUUCGCUCAAGUCUUCCUUUCUUAAGCUGCGGGCUUUGCCGACAGCGGCAGGUUAAUGGCUCCCCCGCAACCGGCACCCCUGCUUCCGCAUGGCGUCACCAUCGACUGGUGCGAGGACAAUUACGCCGUUCAAACGUGGGUGGCUGAGUUUUGGAACACCUGGACGUCGGUCUUGUGCGCGGCCGUGUUCUUGGUGUGGCUGUGCCAGCCGUCACCACCUGCGGCGGGGGCACUGCCCUGGCUGCACCUGCUCUUUUUCUGCAUCUUUGCCGGGUCCGCCGCCUUCCAUGGGACCUUGACUUGGGCCGGGCAGCUACUGGACGAGGUGCCGAUAAUGGCCUUCGUUGGCUUCAGCCUGGCAGUUUGUGUCGAUAACCUCUCCCUGCAGAGCGGGUUCAAGCGCUCCUGGUGGGGGCUCGGGCCCCGCGUCCUGGCGGCGGCGUGUGUGAUAGAGACGGCGGCGCUGACCAUUCUGUAUACGCUGCACACCAAGGCCUACAGCGUAUUUCUGACGGGCGUCGUUGUGCAGGCCAUCCUCCACUGGCCCUUGAUAAUAUACUUCAUAUGGAGGCGCACCCAGUGGGACCGGGCCGCCCUGGGAAUGCUCGCAAUGCACGUGGGCAUCGGGUACUCGGGCGCGGGCCUGUGGCUGCUGGACAGCACGUUCUGCAGCCAGCUGAAGGCCCUGAACCUCCACGCCGUGUGGCACAUAACGUCGACGCUCGCCCUGAAGCCCUGGGUGGACCUCCUGGUCUACUGCCGGCUCCGCGCCGCGGGCGAGGAGCCGCACUACCGGAUGCGCGCUUGGGGCCUGGGCCCCAGCUUCCACGUCUCAGCAGCCUGAUGUGCGCCCCGCCGAGGCGAUUGGGGGAUCGGUGUGCGUGUGCAGUUGGUGUCCUCCUGCAUUCGGCCGCCGUUGCUCGCGCCAGGCCCCGCUUGGGCUCGACGCGUCCUCGCGCCCGGCCCCUGCGGACCGCCGCGCACGACCGCGGAGGGGAUCCGAUGGCCCUGCGCGGGCGCUAGAGCUCGGAUCCCUCGCUCCCCAGCGUCUCGCGCUUCUCUUCGCGCGCCCGUCUCGCCGGUUCGGCCCUCGGGCGAGGCCGGUGCUCGAGACGGCGCGGGUGCCACGUUCGGGGGUCUCGUCAGAACAGGCCGCCCUCGGAGGCUGUCCACGCUCUGGGCGCGCCCGUGUUUCACGUGAUGCGUGAUGGGCCGCUGGCGUGAGUUCGUGUGAGUCUUCGGAGUCGCCUGCGCCCACAUCGCUGCUAGACGAUUGCCACCUUCAAAAAGCUGGCGUUCAGGAUGAUGGACCGAGCACCUCGACACGGUGCCGCCGCGAGUCCACGAUCUUGCAACCAGAUCAUAUAGCUGCCCCUGCCCCUGUGUCUUCUUAUUUCAAAGAGUGAGCGCAC